AUGGGCUCAGGUGCGAGUAACAACCAAACGACGAGAUUGAAUUCGAUUCAUCAAUUAACAACACAAAAUCCAUUGGGACAGAAAUCUCUGCAACUGCAAUCGCAACCUGGAAGUUUCCUGUCACAUUCACCUUCACCAUUACCGAGAAAUAUGCAUACGAAGCCAACAAAAGAAGGACCCAAAUGGCCAUUACCACCAGCUGCAUUCAAGGAAGAAUUUGCGCCGAAUUGGCCUAGCGAUCUUGAACGAUACUCCAAUCCGAAAAAAAUUAAAGUGUCCGACGAAAAAACAGGCAAGAGUAAAGAAUUUCAUCAGAAAGAAACAAGUACGAAUCAAUGGAAGAUUGAGAAUUCAAGUAUUCAUGAUUCAGCUCAUGUUCAAUCAUCGUUACGAACUCAGUCGCAUGCAUGCAUCAAUUUAUCGACGACGCAAGAAAUCAAUGCAUUAUUAAUUCGUCUAAGCGAGGUUCAUUCACAACUUGAUCUGAAUAUCGAAGAGCGAGGAAAAGUUAUAUCAGAACAAUCAAAAUUAAUCAUUGAUGUAAUUAUUAAUGAUAUACGUGACAUGCAACAAAGUUUACUGACUUUUGCCAAGAAGCGACAGACAGUGCAAGAUGAGUUAUAUAACGAAUGGUUACAAAUGUACGUUGUUGAAUUAGAUCAAUGGAAAUCUGCACGAUUAGCCGAACUCCAAGAAGAAUUGCAGACAUAUCAGAAAAAAAUCAUGAUCCAAUCGCAACAGUUGAUUACCGAAGUUAACAGAGAAAUGCACCAACUGCGAGAUGAACUGCUCAAAAUAGAACAAGUUAAUGCAUCCACAACAAUUCAAGAGAUUAUUGAAAGAAUACAGACGAUGUCCACUCAUCAACUAGGAACUGAAACCGUCACGAAAAUCAAUUUGAUUAUACAUGGCAAUGUCGGUACAAAAGUUGCUGGUCAAACUUCUACGUUUGAUUUCGACCAGAACGACACUAAUGACGAUACAAAUUCUGGGUCGAAAGCAAAUCAAUUGACAAAACAAGGUUUCACGAAAUUGAAUGGAGGGAGCUCAAUUCAAUUAGUUAAGACAUCAACAGGUGUCACGACCACAACGCAACAGAAGAAACUCAUUGCUAGAACAACAACCAUCAGUGAAAAUAACAAUAAAGACUUAGGUGAUUAUGAUGAUCAAUGA